AUGUUCCCAUCACAUCUCUAUUGGUUUCUUUAUCGUCGUCGAAAUAAAUUAUUAAUAGUUCUUAUGACUAUAUUUUGUAUAGUAUUUUUCUUCUAUGGAAAUGAAUAUAAAGUAUCAUCCGAGAAUAAGAAACAAAAAGAUAAACAAAAAAAAAUUGUUGAGAAACAAAAAAUACGUAUUAAUCGAGAAACAUAUACAAUACCAGAACAAUGUCGAGGUUGUCCAGGUGAAAAUGGACAAGGUGUACAAUUAACAGCUGAAGAAUCGAAAAAUUUAGAUGCUGUAAUGAAAAAAGAAUUUUUUAAUUUACGUGCAAGUGAUAAAAUUUCAUUAUGGAGAUCAAUACCGGAUACUCGCGAUCAAUUAUGUAAAUCUAUUGAAUAUCCAAAAGAUUUACCAACAGCAUCAGUUGUUAUAGUAUUUAAAAAUGAACGUUGGUCACCAGUUCUUCGAACAGUUUAUUCUGUACUUAAUCGAUCACCAAAACAUUUACUUAAAGAAGUUAUUUUAGUUGAUGAUCAAUCCGAUAUUGAGGAAAUGGGUCAACGUUUAGAUGAUUAUUGUGAAGAACAUUUUGGAGAGUUAGUACGUGUUUUACGAGCACCAACAAGACUUGGAUUAAUUAAAGCAAAAAAUUAUGGUGCAAAGAAUGCUACUGGUGAUGUUGUUGUAUUUCUCGAUGCACAUUGUGAAGCAAAUGCUGGAUGGCUUGAACCAUUAGUUUAUCGUAUUCAACAAAAACGAACAGCUAUACUUUGUCCUAUAAUUGAUGCAAUAAAUAGUCAUGCUCUAUCAUAUCAUGGAGGUUCAGUUAAUUGGGUUGGAAUCUUUAUAUGGUCACUUCAUUUUUCUUGGUCUCAUAUUUUUUCUCGUAUUCAAAAUUUACGAAAGUCUUCAAUUGAUCCUUUUCCGUUAGAACCACUUUUGCUUCGAAUUAAAGAAAAACGUUCAGCUGUUUUAUGUCCGGGUAUAGAUAUGAUUAGUGAUCAAAAUAUGGCUUAUGGUGGUACGGGUGAUGGUAGUGUUGGUGGUUUUUGGUGGUCAUUACAUUUUAAUUGGAUACCGAUUCCAGCACGUACACGUAAUGCAAAAAAAACAAGAAUUGAUCCGUAUCCGUGCGUAGGUAAAGAUUUUGGUGAUGUUGAAAGUCGUCGAGAAAUUCGUAAACGUUUAAAUUGUCAUUCAUUUAAAUGGUAUCUUGAAAAUGUAUUUCCUGAAAAAUUUAUUCUUGAUGAAAAUGUUCAUGCAUAUGGAGAAGUUCGAAAUCCUUCAUCAAGUUUAUGUUUGGAUACAUUAGGUAAAGAUGAAAAAGGUUCAAUACCAGUAUCAAUAUUCUCAUGUCAAAAUGGUGUAUCAGCAAAUCAAUAUUUUUCAUUAUCAAAAACUGAUCAAUUACGUCGUGAAGAUACAUGUUCAGUUACAUCAGGACAUAAUUCUGAUAUUAUGGAUGUUAUUCUAUCGAAUUGUGAUUAUGCUGAUAAAAGUCAAAAAUGGAUACAUGAAAGAAAUGGAUCAAUUGUUCAUCUUCCAAGUAAACUUUGUCUUGAUGUUGAAGGUCUUUCAAAUAAUGAUCAAGUUAAAUUAAGACAAUGUGUACCUAAUAAACCAUCACAACGAUGGGUAUUUGAACAUUAUUUAACAAGUUAA